GCUCGGCGGACGUUCAACCUAUCCGCAACGUAGCAUCUAUCCACCAUGAACUCCUACCCUACGACCUCCAGCAUGGACGCCCACGACGAGCACGCACGCCCCCAGCGACAUUCUAUAGACCAGGCGCUCGAGCUCGAGCGCGAACUCGAUAGCGAACUCUCUCCGCCGACAUCGCCCACGUCGCAUAGGCCGCAGUCACUUGACCCAGCGGUGCUGGCGUCGAUAGUGACACAACUACGGAUAGCUCUCGCGGAUGUCAGCCAGGAGCGCGAUGAACUCGCCUCUCAACUCUCCGAGGUACACUCUCGGGAGUCCAUCCUAACAGCUAAUCUCGAAGAAACCACGGAUAAAUGUACGAGGCUGCAGAGCGAGCUCGAGCAAGCUCAGGCGAAGAUCAAAGAUGACGAAGAAGCCAUUUCAAUGUUGCGCGCGAAGGUGGAAGAGAGCAGGAGAGGACUUAUGAAGCUGCAGAGCGAAAGCCGCAGGAUGUCCUCGAUGACGUUGGAUAUGUCUAGGGCAAAUGCUCCCAUGUUCGGUGGUCCAUCAUCCUCGAAUAAGCGGGCUUCCUUCACACCCUUGACCGGCUCGGGCAUGAGCAACGGCCACAGGCGGAUAUCUUCCGUCUCCGAUUCAGCGUUCAUGUUGCGCGACUUCAGCAGCCCAGAAAUACCAGGCUCUCCCGGCGCGCAGACUCUGUCGUUCCCCGACCCCAGGAACUCGGUGGGCAGUCCGCCCAGCAAAGCGUCCAGGCGUUCGUCGGGCUUCUGGAGCCGUCCGCCGCCACUGCCGCUGGACGAGUCACAGCCUGCAUCGUCUUCCGAGCUUGCGGCACUACAACGUGAGGUGAAGAACCUGAAGUCGGAACUUGAGGAGACGAGGGCAGAGCUGACGGAAGCAAAGGAAGGCAAGGAGGCUUCCGAGACUUGUGUCAAGGCGUUGCGGGACUUCAUUGCCCAGAACGGCAUUGGCGGCCAAGCGGAUGAGGCUGGGUCCUCGGCACCUCUCCGUCUACCUUUACCCCCUUCCAUGAGCGACGAGGAGGAAGCCCGGAGGAGCACCAGUAGCACAGGGUCCGGCUGGGGUUUCAAGUUGUGGAAAGUGGACACCAACGUCAGCAGUGCGCCUUCGAAGGCCCCCUCGACAGUGCUGUCUCCCAGCAAGACCGUCAAUGCGCCUACGCCACAAACUGCGACCCCGUUGGCGAGGAAGCUCGGAGGCUUCUUCAGCUCGAGAUCGGCUAGCGUCUCGUCGGUUGCCUCCACGCAAGCUGCGCCGGAGGCUCGCAAGCCCCAGACGCCGUAUGCUGGCUCUGACGUGUCAUCUAUGGAAGAAUCUACAGCAGAGCCUAUCAGCCCUGCUUCUGAGGUCCCUCAAUCCAUCAUCAUGAUUCAGGACGAGCGAACACCGUCAUCAGAGAACUUUGGGGCACAGCAGAUUGCCAUGACCCAUAUAGCGCCAAAGGGAGGCAUGGAUCCCAUUUCCGUGUAAUUCUGGCAUUUGGUUUGUGAUCUGGAUAAUUCUUCUGGAGAUACCUUGAUACCUUAGGACAUCCGAUUAAUUCUUGCAUUAUAGUUCGGAUUCGUUAUACCGCCAUCUUUGAUAUGCUACGACUCUGUUACGACAGGAUGACGAUUACAGUAUUUGAUAAUGUAUAAACGUCUCGG